CGACAUUGCAGCCGACUUUAAAGGCGAGUCAAGACUGACUGACCUAUGAGUAAUCUAAGGUAAUUAUUUAUCAUGCAAGCCGAUUUGUAGAUCAGUCAGUCAGUCAGAAUUUACCCGUCACACGUCACAGUUUUGAUGCUCUUGAACACAGCGUUGUGUGAAUGAGGAAGGAAGCUCUCUCUGAAUCAGCAUCUUGGUCCCUGACAUAGAGUUGGAUAGAGGGCACGGCUUUGCAUCUUUUCAUGAUGGGUUCUGUGACAAUACCGGCAGCUUAACUGACGGCUCUCUCUAUUUUAAAGUAGUACAUUUCUUCUUCUUCAACCUCCAUGAUUUUAAUGACAGUCGAUAAACAAACUGAAAGGAUGCAAACAAUGUUAUGCCCAUGUGCUUAAACAGCCUUGGUAGCUAGUGUGCCUUUUAUCCAACUCUAUGGUCUUUCACAACUUCCAAGUUGUGUCAACCACAGACCUCAUACCUCACAGUCAGUGUCUGUUUCCUCAGACUGACAGAUAGUUCAUUACAAGACCUCUCUCCCCUUCACCCUACUGCAGGGUGGGAGAUGCAACAAUGGCCUUGAGAACAGCAGGAAGUGUGUUGGUGGUCUUUCUCUGGUCUGUGACAGUGGUACUGGGUCAGGAUGGCUGGAGUGUUACAUACACCACUCAGAGUAUCUGUACCUUGAAGGGGUCAUCAGUGGAUCUGUUCUGCUCUUACACAUAUCCCAGUGGUUAUACAGUCACAACAACCUUCUGGUUCACUGAAUGGGGGACUGGUAUAGAACCUGAAGAUCUAGGUCAGGACCCAGAGUAUGCAGAUCGUCUGGAGUAUCAUGGAGAUAAGAAGAAAGACUGUACCCUGAAAAUCACAGACCUGAGAGAGAGAGACUCAGCUACGUACAAUUUCAGAUUCAUAACAGAUCAGACCAGAGGGAAAUAUUAUGGAGAUCCUGGAGUCACUCUGUCUGUAACAGCUCUGCAGGUGAAGGUGACUUAUUCAAGUUGGCCAAAUUGGGUGACAAUUACCUGUAGCACCACCUGUACUCUGAGUAACCCCAACCCCACUUACAUCUGGUAUAAGAAUGGACAACAUCUAGAUGAGAGCACCUCCCCCCAGUACAAAUACUCAGUCUCCAGUAACUAUGAAGACAGUUACUCCUGUGCUGUAAAAGGCCAUGAGGAUCUCCACUCUCCUGCAGUGUGUGUUCAGGGUCAGCGCUGCAACAGAGUGAAUUACAAUAAGAUGAGAAUCUGUGUCUUGAAGUGGUCAACAGUGGACAUAUCCUGUACUUAUGUUGGUUAUUAUGACACCACAUCAUCAUUCUGGUUUAGAAGUGAUAAGUCAACCCCUGAAGACCUAACCAGAGACCCAGGGUAUGUAGGUCGUGUGAAGUACACUGACAAAGAGAGAUGGAGAUAUGAAGGUCCCUUCACCCUGAGAAUCACAGAUCUGAGAGAGGAGGACUCAGCUGAGUAUCGCUUCACUUUUAAAACAGACAACAUUGAAUGGGGUCAUAGUUUCCCAGGAACAACUCUGUCUGUCACAGGUCUGCAGGUGAAGGUGACUCCUGCUGCAGAGGGACAGAAGACACUGACCUGUAUCACCACCUGUACUCUGACUGACAACCCCACCUACAUCUGGUACAAGAAUGGACAGAAUGUACAAGGUGUCUCCUCCCCCAUGUACUUCAUCAGCAGUGAGGAUGCAGACAGCUACUCCUGUACUGUAAAAGGCCGUCUCAGCUCUCCUGCAGUGUAUAAACCAAAGACCUCAGUGUCAGUCAGUCCCUCUGGUGAAAUAGUGGAGGGCAGUUCAGUGACUCUGACCUGCAGCAGUGAUGCCAACCCACCUGUGCAGAGUUACACCUGGUGGUACAAGAAGAAUGGAGGUGACUAUCAGAGUAUGACAGGACCACAACAUGUCUUCAAUCAAAUCCAGUCAUCUGACACUGGAGAGUACUACUGUGUGUCCCAGAAUGAGAUGGGGACAAACAGGUCUAGGACCAUCAACAUGGAUGUGAAGUAUAAACCAAAGAACACCUCAGUGUCAGUCAGUACCUCUGGUGAAAUAGUGGAGGGCAGUUCAGUGACUCUGACCUGCAGCAGUGAUGCCAACCCACCUGUGGACAAAUACACCUGGUACAAGAAGAACGUAACUUCACCAAAAGCAUCAGGACAGAGUUACAGCAUCACUAACAUCAUCUCUGAGGACAGAGGAGAAUAUUACUGUGAGGCUGAGAAUAAAUAUGGACGUCUCAACUCUUCUUCUGUGUCUGUGGACGUUCAGUACGGCCCAAAGAACACCUCAGUGUCAGUCAAUACCUCUGGUGAAAUAGUGGAGGGCAGUUCAGUGACUCUGACCUGCAGCAGUGAUGCCAACCCACCUGUGGACAAAUACACCUGGUACUUUCAAAAUGAGACUUUUCUAAAUGGAUGUGGACAGAUGUACAACAUCAGUAACUUCAAGUCUAAGGACAGUGGACAUUACCACUGUGAGGCCUGGAAUAGAAGAGGAUCUAGGAACUCUACAGCUCUGAUGAUCAUUUUACCAGGGAAACAAACCUCAGUUGUGACUGCAGCUGUAGGAAUCACUGUUGUUGUUCUGGUUCUCAUCCUCUGUUUCUCUGGACUCAUGUGGUUCAGGAAGAAGGCCUCCAAAUCCACCUCUGACACAAGAGACACAUCAGAGAAUGUACAGGGAGACUCUAGUCCAGUGUAUGAAAACGUCUCAAACAUGGCCGUGACCCCUACUGCAGCACAGACAGCAGCCACAGUCGACCAGGACGAUGUCCACUAUGCCAGCGUCCACUUCUCUCGUUCCAAAAACCAGGAAGUGCCUCUGUACUCCACCGUCCAAGUGCCUCAGCCCCAGAAAGAGGAUGAGGAUGUCCAGUACGAUGCUGUGAAAUUCAACCUCCCCAGUGCUGCCAACCAACCCACAGCAGCACAAGCAGCUGAGGAGGACUCUUCUGAGAUCUAUAGUAGAGUCAACAAACCCAGAAGACCUGAACACAACAAACCCAGAACCAAGAAGACCUGAACGCAACAAACCCAGAACCAAGAGUAUCUGAACACAACAAACCCUGAACAAGGAG